AUGUCGUUAGCCCAGCACGUCUCUUCCGUCGAAGGCGUCGACCAAGAAUAUGACGACAACUCGGAGCUGCCGCGCCUCGAGAGAUUCCCCAGUCUCUCGCUGAGCUACGACCCGCUCCCAGUGACUGCACAUGAUGCAGCAGAGAAACUCGAGACCCACCAGGCGGCAUAUGAGGUGUCGCAGGUGCAACGAAUAGUUCAAAUAGUCAUUGGGAUCGUCACCUGCGUGACUGCAUCUGGAAUCGUGUUUGGCUUUGAUGCGCUCAAGACGAUCCUUGCGCAGGAGAAGGUCUACCGCGAAUAUUGCAGUGACGAGGAGCUGCGGCAGGGGGUCCGGCUUUGCUACCUGCAGGAUCAAAGGCUCAAUCUCACAUUCGUAAUCGCGUCCGUGACGACGAAUAUAUCUGCUCUCUUGGUGGGAGGGAUACUCGACCGCUAUGGACCGAGGGUGUGCGGGAUCAUCAGCUCCGCCUUGCUUGCGCUCGGGAGCCUCAGCAUGGCGUUCGCCGCAGAUCUCCCCUUUGACGCCUACAUGGCUGGCAGCUUCCUCCUCGCACUGGGCGGGACCUUCAGCUUCGUGCCGUCGUUCCACCUGUCGAAUGCAUUUCCUCGCUUUCAAGGCUUGAUCCUAGCUCUCAUCACAGGGGCCUUCGAUGCCUCGGCGUCUGUGUUCCUGGUCUUCCGCAUCUGGUACCAAUCUUCUGGGGGGAACUUUUCUCUGCGGCGCUUCUUCUUGCUCUUCCUCGUGGUUCCGGUCUUCAUAUCCGUCACCCAGCUGUUGAUCAUGCCCCGCCACAGCUAUGAAACACGAGCGGAGCUGACCACCAAAGUCGAGCUGGCGAGCGACCCCACACAGGAUCUGCACGACAGCGACGACGAGUUCGACAGCGCGGCAGAGCUGAUGCGUGUGCGUUCGGAGAGAGCCGUCCGGAGAAGACAAUCCAUUGCGUCGAUUACCGAGCUCCUCGGCGACCAGACUGAGAGGAAGGCAUACGAGAAGAAAGAGGGCGUCCGCCAUUCCACCAGUGGUGUCUGGGGUGUCAUGCAUGGUGUUCCCGCGCUUCAGCAGAUCAUGUCGCCUUGGUUCAUCCUGAUCACCAUGUUCACUGUGCUGCAGAUGAUGCGAUUCAACUUCUUCAUCUCCACGAUCUGGUCGCAGUAUGUGUUCAUGCUGGACUCUGCAGAGGAAGCGACCAAGCUGAUUGAAUUCUUCGACGUUGCUCUCCCCGUCGGCGGUGUCGUCACUGUUCCUUUCAUAGGGGUUCUGUUGGACAACUCAAGCACGGUCUCGGUGCUGAAUCUCUUGGUCUUGUUGAGUACCGUGAUCGGCAUUCUCGGCGCAGUGCCGACUCGCUGGGCCGCAUAUGCAAACGUGUGUCUUUUCUGCGUCUUCCGUCCGUUAUACUACUCUGCAAUGUCAGGACCCCCUUUGGGCCCCAGCCCCGAGAUUUCCCAUCUCCAUCUUCCCCUACCUCCCGCUGACGCCCACCGCGCUUCCCCAAUGAACAGUGACUACGCAGCCAAGGUCUUCGGCUACGCGACGUUCGGCACCGUGUACGGCACGAUAAUCUGCCUGUCGGGGCUCUUCACCUUCCUUCAAUCCGCCCUCCAAGCGCUCCUCCACAACACCUUCGAAGACGACCCCGAGCCCAUCAACCUGGGCCUCGCGACCGCCGGCCUAGUCCUGGGUAUGUCUCUGGUCAUGUACGUUGACAUCCAGGGCCGCGCCAUCCAACGGGAAAAGGCUCUGGCCGGCGGCAGGGCUCCUGGCUCUGCCCCCGCCGCUACUGCUGGCGAUGAGACAAGAUGGACCAACAGCUUGGGUUCGCCAGCUUCCUCGCCUUCCAAAAGGGGAGCGGCUAGUGAUGAUCCCGAAAGGCAGGCUCUUUUGCCGCCACGGCCGCUGAGGCAUGCCAUUAGUAGUGAUCUUUCUACCGUGCAGGAGCGGGCGGAGCCGUAG